AAUCCUUAACGUUAUUUCUCCGAACUCGACAUCCUAAAUAGCCAGCGUUUUCUAAUUCCAGGACUGCGUGUUCAGUAGUUUUGUAGGAAGUUCUACUUAAUGCCGAGACCAAAGGGGCGCCUGCCUGCUCUGAGGGUUUUGCUGAGGCCGAGUGUGAACUCUGGGCGAGAGAGCGCAUCUCAGAUCUUAGAUCACACCCACUCAGGGUGUGCGUGCGAGUGUGUGCGCGGUGCCUGCGCGCGUGUGUACGUGUGAGGAGGUGUGCGCCAAAGGGGUGGGGUGAGGGGCGGCGAGGAGGGCUCUAGGUGAAGCGUGGGGAGAGGGAGGUCGCCCGCUCCGGCCUCUCCCCAGGGGCCCUGCGGCUGGCUCGCGCUCUGGCUGCACCUCCUGGUGCGCGCCGCGGCGGCGCCACAGGCCCCUAGACCCUGUGACCACCGCCCUCCUGCCGCCCGUCCGGCAGCUGGGACCUGUGAUGGCGCGGGGCUGACAGCCGCCUCCUCCCGGACCCCUGUGUCCCGCCCGGGGCUCGCGGGGGCUGCGGCGCCGCCUGGAGCUGCAUGUGGGGCGGGCGCGCCGGAGCCCAGAUCGAGCGGCCCUCGGCGCCCCCGAGGCGGUGCCCGGCCGCGCCAGAGGACGAGGAGAAGGAGCGUCGGGCAGGGCCGGGCUCCCCUCGUGCCGCGGCCCCGGAGCAAGGGCUCCCCGGAGUGGACUUGGGGCGUCCCAGCCCAGGAGGAGAGACCCGGAAGCAGAAGCGGAGCCGCGAGUCGAGCUGAGCCACUGCCCCUGCUGCCCGCCGGCGCCGGGUGGGGGUCCCGGCGGCUGGAUGGGCAGCGGCGGCGCGGGCCGCGGGCGGCGAUGGGCGAGGAGCAGAGCACGGUGAGCGGCGGCGGCGGGCCACAGGAGUCGCAGACCGUGGCCGGUGGCACUGCGGGCCACCCCGAGCCCCCGAGGCCGCAGGGGGACAGCGUCCGGCCGCCCCCGCUGUGCGCUGCCUCCGCUGAGCCGAGCAGCGGUGGCUGUGGAAGCGACUGGGGCUGCGCGGACACCAGCGCCCCGGCGCCGGCGAGGAGCUUGGGGGCCCCGAGCUGGAGGCAGAGCCGAGCACCGGCGCAGCCUGCGGGACUGGCACUCGCCGGGCCUCUCAACCCCCAGACCUUGCGACUGCAGUUGGACCUGGAGGAGGAAGAGGAGGAAGCUGGGGACCGAAAACAGGGAGGGGAUGAACAGCAGGAGGCGCCCCCCGGCGAGGAGUUGGCGCCCGGGACCCGCGAGGGGGCUGCCGACGGACUGGUCCUGGACGUGCUGGGUCAGCGGCGCCCGCCCCUCGCCAAGAGACAAGUCUUUUGCUCCGUGUACUGCGUGGAGAGCGACUUGCCUGAGGCCCCUGCCUCGGAGCAGCUCUCGCCCCUCUCGCCGCCCGCGUCGCCACUUGGGGCUCCGCCAGUGCCGAACCCUCCCAGCACCCGCUCUUCCUUCCCUAGCCCCCGGCUAUCCCUCCCAGCCGAUUCCCUCUCCCCCGACGGCGGCAGCAUCGAGCUGGAAUUCUACCUGGCGCCCGAGCCGUUCUCCAUGCCCAGCUUGUUGGGAGCUCCACCCUACUCUGGCUUGGGCGGUGUAGGGGAUCCCUAUGCGCCCCUCAUGGUGCUGAUGUGCCGGGUGUGCCUGGAAGACAAACCCAUCAAGCCCCUGCCUUGCUGCAAGAAGGCCGUGUGCGAGGAGUGCCUCAAAAUCUACCUGAGCGCCCAGGUACAACUUGGCCAAGUAGAAAUCAAAUGCCCAAUAACAGAGUGUUUUGAAUUCUUGGAAGAAACAACUGUUGUCUAUAACUUAACGCAUGAAGACUCCAUCAAGUAUAAGUACUUCUUGGAACUUGGCCGUAUUGAUUCCAGCACCAAGCCAUGUCCUCAGUGCAAGCACUUUACAACCUUCAAGAAAAAAGGACAUAUUCCCACCCCUUCCAGAUCAGAAAGCAAAUACAAAAUCCAGUGCCCUACCUGCCAAUUCAUUUGGUGUUUUAAGUGCCACUCUCCUUGGCAUGAAGGUGUUAACUGCAAGGAGUACAAAAAAGGAGACAAAUUGUUGCGUCACUGGGCCAGCGAAAUUGAGCAUGGGCAGAGGAAUGCCCAGAAGUGUCCAAAGUGCAAGGUGAGAUAACUUUUAGGAGAAAAAGAAAAAACAUGUGCAUCUGGAUAUGACUGAACAGUAUUUACAAUAUUGAAGCGAAUUAUAACUGUCUUAAUGCAGGUAGGUAGAAAAAGAGUAUUUGCUCUUUUAUUUUAGAAAAGUAUAUAAUUAAACUGACCAUUUUUAUAAACAAUGUAUAUUCUUAUUUGCAUUACACUUCUAAAUUAAAAGAGGCCACAUAUAAAUAUUGACUUAAGACAUUGAUGUCCUUAUAUUACAUUGAAAAAUGAGGAUGUACUUUAUAGGAAAAAUACAGCAUAAAAGUGAUAUGAAAGUAUUAUUUCUAGCCUGCCACAUGUACUAUAAUUACUUCUCAAUUAUAUAGGCUCUGAAUACUUGCAAUCUUUUGCUUUUCUUUCCCUGCUGCCAUUGCUGAUCACUUAAAAUUUACAUUAAAUUAAACUGAUUCUUUUUUUUUUUUUUUGGUAAAUCUGGUGAUGUAAAAGCUCGUAGCUAAAAUCAGGACUUAGGGACUUUAUGAAUCCCACUUUUCAUCCUUCUUUUGGUAAUCAUGCAAGUAAUCAAGACUUAGCAGGCAAUUUGAGCUCAGACUUAGUAAAUCCAACCAGAAAGCUUUGGAUUUGAUGUUUAUACUGUAGGGAUAUGUUGAAAUUUGAGAGUUUAAAAAAAUCUUACUUUAGAAAAUCAUAUGUGUGUAUAUAUGUGUGUGUAUACUUUGCAAUACGUGGUUUCUACUCCUUGCCAAAUUUAUUUUUGGAAAUAAUCUCUAAAUUGGGCUAAUUAUCUUUUAAGCCCAAUUCUGCAAUUCCUUCUUGGAGACUUAACACCAGAUAAAUGAAACUUGAGUUAUCAGAAAUUUUUAAAAAUUUAAUAAUUAUGAAUACAAUUGGAAGUAAAAGUACAUUCUAAGCCUAUAAAUGAACAUAAUAAUAAUAAAUGUACAGAUUUAUUAUACAAAAUUCGCAUGGUAGUUUAUAGUAAGGAAAAAGCAUUGUUUGAAAUAAUUAUGUUGCGUUUUUAGAAAAUGGAAGAAAUUUUUGAAAUAGUUUAGAUGACAUGGCUUUCUGAGAAGUGAUGUCUAAAGAUAUUUGGCCUGAAGUUUUCCUUGUAGAAGGCAAAUUCAUCGCAAUCACCCAUUUAGUUUUAGGGUUAUUUCAGAUCACUGCAUCGGUUGCUGAGUACACUUAUUUUUCAUUCUAUUAAAGAACACCUAGAAAAUGAAGCUGUCCUUGCUUUCUCUUGCCUUUUUAGUUUAUUCAAAACUACUUCUCAGUUUUAAACAAAACAAAGACCAAUAGGAACUUAGAGUACUGUUAAAUUAUACUACUUAACAGUUAUUCAUAAAUAUACUUUAUAUUCUUUGGAAAGCUGUAAAAGCAAUUACAAGUUAGCCUGGUUCUAAAACUGGAUUUUGAAUGAACACCACUGCAGCAUUAUGCAUUGGGGAAAUUCUGAAUGAACAGAUGUAACACAAAAUACGUACAUUUAUGACUGUAAUCUCUUAACACAACCUUAAAUGGACUCUGAUGUAAAGAAAGAAAAGGAAGUCAACCUUGGGGAAUUUACUGACUGCACUAACAGCCUCCCACAGUUGUAACGAAUGUAGAUAAACAGUUAAGAGAAAGUAUAAAUGCUGCUUCUCCUUUGAAGUAAUAGCUAAAAGGUCAGGGCUUUAAAAGGGAUUACCUUUAAAAAAACUGAAAAAAAAAAAAAAAA